GAUAUGUCCAGAACAUUAUAGAAAUACCUUCGCGUGCUUUCUAUUUACGAAAUUGUGGGUGUCAUUCUCCACGUUAUCAACUACCUUGUUUUGAGGAUUUUUUUGACAGGACAACCCUUCUCAUGCCCACAACAUUCUUAUUAUUUUUUUAGGAGUUUAUGGUUUAGAGCACCAAGCUGCCACUGAUUAACAACAGAUUUUGAACUUGUUGAAGCUAAAGAAUCACUAUAACCAUGCUGUGUUGGGGAAAUGCCUCCUAUGGCCAGCUUGGAUUGGGUGGAAUUGAUGAAGAGAUCAUAGUAGAGCCCCGUAAAUGCGAAUUCUUUAAUGGAAAAGUGGUGCGAGGUAUAGGCUGUGGGAGAAAACACACAGUUUUCCUGCUUGGAGAUGGAACUGUGUAUACAUGUGGCUGCAAUGACCUGGGACAGCUGGGGCAUGACAAGGCACGCAAAAAACCAGAGCAGGUAAUGGCACUUGAUGCUCAAAAUAUUGUAGCGGUAUCUUGUGGUGAGGCCCAUACCCUUGCGCUAAACGACAAAGGACAAGUGUUUGCAUGGGGACAGGCUUCUGAUGGACAGCUCGGCCUUGCCAUCACGGAAGACUGUAUGCGUGUGCCCAGAACAGUAAAAAGUUUGUCAGAGGUCCACAUUGUCCAGGUCUCCUGUGGUUAUAGGCAUUCCCUUGCACUUUCUAGGAGGGGACAGAUUUUUUCCUGGGGUCAAAAUAGGUAUGGGCAGUUAGGACUAGGGAAAGAGGGACCUUGCAUCUUGACCCCACAGGUCAUCCAGUCUUUACAAGGCAUUCCAUUUGCCCAGAUCUCAGCAGGAGGUGCUCACAGCUUUGCACUCACUAUGUCUGGGGCUGUAUUUGGUUGGGGUCGAAACAAGUUUGGCCAGCUGGGCCUAAACGAUAACAAAGAUCGAAGUUUUCCAUCCCUGCUGAAGACUCUUAGGUCCCAAAGAGUUGUUUAUAUAUGCUGUGGAGAAGAUCACACUGCUGCAUUAACAAAGGAGGGUGGUGUGUUCACAUUUGGGGCAGGUGGAUACGGACAGCUAGGACACAACACCACAAACCACGAAGUUAACCCACGAAAGGUUUUUGAACUCAUGGGGAACGUUGUUACACAAGUUGCUUGUGGUAGGCAGCAUACCUUAGCAUUUAUUCCAUCCUCUGGCAAGAUUAAUUCCUUUGGUCUUGGAGGAAAUGGGCAACUUGGCACACGUUACACCUGCAACAGGAUAAGUCCUGCUCCAGUAAAAGGCCAGUGGAGAUCUCACAGUGACCCCACACCAGUAGAUUCUGUGGGUGAGCAGCUCUACUGUGUGAAGAGGAUUUAUGCUGGUGGAGACCAAAGUUUUGCUUAUUCCCACUGUCCUCAGAACGGCACUCCCCCAGAUGAUCUGCGAAUACAGCAUUGUGAUCAGCAUGUCUUCAGCUUGAAUGGUGACCACAUACAACAUUGGCUCAGCCAUGGUCGUGGAAGACUCUCACCAGAAAUUACAAUUGAGAUUAAUGAUAUAUUCUCCUCAGCAAGUUGUCUUAAUGGGAGUUUUCUUUCUACAAGUCAUCCAGAUCAUUACUGCACUAGCAGCAAAUAUCCUGGUGUGGACAUAAGCAUGGCUCGCCUUCUCUUCCACAGACUUAUCCAACCUGAUUAUCAACAUAUCUCACAACAAAUUGCUGCCUGUUUGGAGAGGUAUUUGAUUCCUAACCUGUGCAGCUCUCCUCCAGACAUUGAGGCACUAAGACUCUACCUCAUACUUCCAGAGUGUCCACUGUUUAAAAACCCCAGUGCUUACAUCACACUCACCAUUCCUUUUGCAGAGGCAGUCAUCCGCCUCAGCAAUGCUCCCCUCAAAGUGCUUGGAAAUUGGUGGUCUUGUCUUGAUCCUAAAGUGUUUCAAGGACUUGUGGAAGUGUAUAAAGAGGUGAUUGUUUAUCUCCUCCGGAUGCAGAAGAUGGGAAUUUCACCAUCUGAGCACAGGGCAUUUAACUGCUUCCUUAGUACCUGUUUGAAAUUUCUGGAGAUUUUGCAUUCUGUAAAUGAACGAGUUGGACAAAUUAUCCAGUAUGACAAGUUUUAUAUACGCGAACUGGAAGACCUUGUUGACAUCAGGAGUGAUUACGUUACUUGGAUUCAGCAUCAGAUGUUCUCCAUGGGUAUGGAUGCCCAGGUCAUGCUGUGCAAAUACCCGUUUGUAUUUGAUGCUCAAGCAAAGACUACACUGCUUCAAACUGACGCUGUUAUCCAAAUGCAGAUGGCUGUGGACCAAGCAGAACGACAGAACCUUAGCUCUUUAUUUGGGCCUGGUGGCAUGGUGGAGUCAGUUAACCCAUGCCUCAUUCUCAUAGUGCGCAGAGAAAAUAUUGUUGAGGACACCAUGGAGGUUUUGCGGAAGUCCAAAAAUGUUGAUUACAAGAAACCUCUAAAGGUUAUCUUUGUUGGAGAGGAGGCUGUGGAUGCUGGAGGUGUGAGGAAGGAAUUCUUCCUUCUCAUUAUGAAAGAACUCUUGGACCCCAAAUAUGGCAUGUUUAGGUAUUACAAGGAGUCUAGACUCAUCUGGUUUUCGAGCAAGACGUUAGAAGAUAUCGACUUGUUUCACCUCAUUGGGGUCAUUUGUGGUUUGGCCAUUUAUAACCUGACUAUAGUGGAACUAAAUUUUCCUGUAGCCCUGUACAAAAAACUUUUGAAGAAAGUGCCGACUUUGGACGACCUGAAGGAGCUCAUGCCUGUUGUUGGCAGGAGUCUGCAACAUUUAUUGGACUAUAUGGAAGAUGAUGUUGAGGAUACAUUCUGUUUGAACUUCACUAUUACUGUGGAAAACUUUGGUGAAACUGAAGUGUUGGAGCUGGUGCCUAAUGGAAUGAACGUCACUGUAAACAGUCACAACAGGCAAGACUUUGUAAAUGCCUAUGUUGACUACAUUUUCAACUCAUCUGUGGCUCCUCUUUUCAAUGCCUUCUAUGCUGGAUUCCACAAAGUAUGUGGAGGGAAAGUCUUGGAGCUUUUUCAGCCAAAUGAACUACAGGCCAUGGUUAUAGGGAAUACCAAUUAUGACUGGAAAGAACUAGAGAAGAACACAAAGUACAAGGGAGAAUACUGGCCUGAACACCCCACUAUCAAAUUCUUCUGGGACGUCUUUCAUGAGUUACCUUUGGAAAAGAAGAAGCAGUUCUUGUUGUUUCUUACAGGUAGUGAUCGAAUCCCCAUCCUGGGCAUGAAGAGUCUUGUCUUGGUCAUUCAGCCAACAGGAGGUGGAGAGAACUAUCUUCCUGUUGCUCAUACUUGCUUCAAUCUUUUGGAUUUGCCCAAGUAUACAAGCAGAGAAAACCUUAGGGAGAAGCUUCUACAGGCCAUUGAACACAAUCAGGGCUUUAAUCUUGCAUAAAAGUUUACAGGGACAAAGAAUUUGUUUCUAGACCACAGACCUUUUAAGGCCUCCAAUAAAAGAUACCAAUAAAAGAUCAUAAAAUUAGAUAAAAACAGUAUGACUAUAAUUAAGACUAUAAUUUAAUUAGUUUGCCAUAUUGACAUAGACAUUGUUUAACUAUAUUUGCCAAUUAAAGUUUUGAUGAUACAG